GGCGCACAUUCUCCUACUUCGCUCGGUGCCACAUGUCUAAAACACAGAAAAAGAGUUGAAACCGGAAGCCCGUGUGUUUUUAAGCUCCGGAGAAAGAACAGGAGGUGUGUUGUUGUUGGUUGAAAAAUGAGCAAAAAUGAGGAAGACGCUGAAACUAAAGGCAGUAAAACUCUGCUGGUCCGCCACUUACCCUCUGAGUUGAGCCCGGACGAAAAGGAAGACCUCCUGAAAUACUUCGGAGCGGAGUCCGUCCGAGUCUUCUCGAACCAUGGCCGCAUGAAACAUGCAGCUUUUGCAACCUUUAAAACUAAAACCCUCGCAAGCAAGGCUCUCACCAGGCUUCAUCAGCUAGAGAUCCUGGAUCAGAAGCUUGUCGUGGAGUUUGCUAAAGGCCAAGAUAACAUCACUGUGUUAAGGGAUCCGCCUGUGUCUGACAGUGCUAAAAAUGUCAAAGAAAAGCAGAAGACUAAGGAAAGCACACAGCCUCACAUUCCACUUAUUGAAACUGGUGUGGCGCCCAACCUUGGGUUGAAGUAUCAAUCAAAUCCCACAUUGAAGUAUUUAUACCCCCCUCCCUCCAACAGCAUCCUCACAAACAUCGUCCACGCCCUCAUAAGCGUGCCGAAGCUUUACGUUCAGGUUCUUCAUCUGAUGAACAAGAUGAAUUUACCGUGUCCUUUUGGACCCGUGACGGCCCGGCCGCCCAUGUUUGACGUCCUGCCCUCCGCUCCCCCCAUGCCCAUGCCUCCCCCCUUCCCCCCCGACUUCCCUCCCCUACCUGAGGAGGACAUGGAGGUGUCCAGUGAUGAAGAGUCGGAGUACGAGAGUGAGGAUGAUGAGAACAAAGAGAGGGUGGCUCGUCUGAUGGGCCUGGUCAACCGAGCCUGCAAGAGACCCCUGAGACCAAAAACAGCUUCCAAAAGAAAAAAGCCCAAGAUCAAGGAUCUACUUUAUGCUCCCAAACCGGAGUCUCAGAGUGCUCCAGCGCUGCAGCCCUCCGAUGUGUUUGAGCAGCCCAGCCCUGCUGGUCCCAAGAAAAUCGAAUUCCACAUUUCACUUCCUGAAGUGGCGACUGCAGAGGAAAGCAAAGCGGAGCAACAGGAGGGCGCCCCCUGCAGCGCUCAGGAGGAGCCGGCGUCUGAAGGGUUCGGGAAGCUUUACCCCAGCGCUCAGGCUUCCCACCAGCAGGAGGAGAACAGUGCAGACGGAGACGAUCUCGUGUCGGGUGUCAUAUCCAGGAAGGAGCUGGAGAAAGGACGGCUAGCUAAAGACGAGAUGAAAAGGAUGUCUGUGUUUAAAAAUUAUGGAGCUGGGGAGCCGACCUGCAGGCUGUACGUGAAGAACAUCUCAAAGCAAGUAGAAGAGAAGGAUCUGCGAUACAUCUACGGACGGUACAUCGACCCCUCAUCAGAAGAGGAGAGAAACAUGUUCGACGUGGUGCUGAUGAAGGAGGGCCGGAUGAAGGGGCAGGCUUUUAUCGGCCUCCCGAACGAGCAGAGCGCAGAGAAAGCCCUGCGCGAAACCAACGGCUUCGUGCUCCACGACAAACCCCUCGUCGUCCAAUUUGCUCGGUCUGCGCGGCCCAAACAAGACAACACUGACACUAAAAAAGGUUCAAAGCAGAGGUGAAGUUAGUAGGUGGUGUUUGGAGACGCCGUGUGUUCAACCAAUAAUAAAUACCUUUUUUUAUUUUAAUCGAUUGCUGUUGUAUUUUUUUUCUUUGUUUUCCUCAACAUUUAUGUAGUUUGUUGGCACACUUAAUCCCAAAAAUAUGAAAGCUGGUUAUUUUCGUUCUAAGGAAAAGCUGAGCAAAUAGAAGGUAGAGGAGAUGGAGAGCGCCACCCGAAGCAGAUGGUAAGCUGUCAAAACAAUCGGAAAACCGUCCCGAACAGACAGCAAACAAGCCAGACAGACAGACACCAGCCUGUAGGAAAUUGCUAGCUCUCGGUAAGCUUACCUGCUCACUCGCCGGCUGCCUCCUAUCCUGAUCUUCCUUUGUUUGAUUAAAGAGAGUAAAUCUGGCUUUGGUACA